AUGCUGAUUGUUACUGACCAUAUCAGUGCCAUCUUAAUACUGGCCAAAAUAUACAGUUCCAUGAAAAAUAAUAUCAUUAAACCCAGUUUCAUUUACACUGCGGUUCUCAUUUCACUCAUUAUAUUCAUAAUCAUAAUGUUUCUGAGUAACGCACAGCGUCAAGAGUAUGUGAGGAACCUUCGAAUGAUAUUCAUCAUUUACUUUACACUAGAGCUAUUUCAAGGAGUUUUGCAGACGUUGAUAUCUUCGUUUAGUGAUGAUACAGUCUACGCACUGGCACUGUGUAAGUCUACAGUUAAGCUAUAA